AUGGCGGGUCCCGCGGGAUGCUACCAGAAGGCGGUGGAGGAGGACGACGUGACCGCGCUAAAGUUCGGCGACCUCGACCGGGGGGACAAGUUCAACGGAUGCCUCUCCAUGGACGAGGUCCGGAUCAUCCAGGAGUCGAAGAUCAACGACGACGAGAACGACGGCGUGGAGACGUCGACGACGCAGACGCGCACGUUCCAGAAAACCCUCGAGUACACCCGACGAUUCAGCACGGUGAGGACCCCGGAGCAGACGCAGAUGCUCCGCGAGCUGUACGACGAACAGACCACCGCCGCCACGAACAUGCACGAGUUCGAGCGCGCGGCGUUCAGCAACCUCCAGCCGCAGGAUGCGCACGAGGCGCUCACGCUGAUCCCCUCGUUGGGGGCUAAGAACGAGGCUGGGGAGGAUCGGUUCACCGAAGGCCAAAUCUCGUCUAUAGUGGAACAGAGCGCAAACAUCCGCAAGUUCGACUAA